UAUGCUCUGGGUCCCUCGGUUGAUCUGUCCUGCGGAAUGCAACCCAGUCUAUCAGGCCGCACUGGGCCUGCCCGCCGCGCAUCUGCCCUUCUUUGCUGACUCCGCCCCGCAUCUGUCCGGACCCGCCUCGCGUCUGAGCUGACCCACUGCGCGUCUGCCAGUCAGUCCCUCUGGACCUGCCGCGAGCCUCAGGCUACCGAAAUCACCGCGCCUCACUCGCCUCGACAGUGAUUCUGAGUCUGCUUUUAGCUUCCCUUGGCCUGCCUUGGCUUUUUUCUGUUCCUGAACAGCUGUUUGGCCCAUAGCUUAGAGAAAGCAGCCUUUUUUCUCUCCCAAGACAACCUCCUCCCUGUGCUCAGAGAAAUGGGGAGCGGGGAGCCUAACCCUGCCGGCAAGAAAAAGAAGUAUCUCAAGGCCGCCCUGUACGUGGGUGACUUGGAUCCAGAUGUCACCGAGGACAUGCUGUAUAAGAAGUUCAGGCCUGCCGGCCCUCUGCGCUUCACCCGAAUAUGCCGUGACCCGGUGACCCGUAGCCACCUGGGCUAUGGCUAUGUCAACUUCCGCUUUCCCGCAGAUGCUGAAUGGGCCUUGAACACCAUGAAUUUUGAUUUGAUUAAUGGCAAACCAUUCCGCCUCAUGUGGUCUCAGCCAGAUGAUCGCUUAAGAAAGUCUGGAGUUGGAAAUAUAUUCAUCAAAAAUCUGGACAAAUCCAUAGACAAUAGGGCGUUGUUUUACUUAUUUUCUGCUUUUGGGAACAUUCUCUCCUGCAAAGUCGUAUGCGAUGACAAUGGCUCUAAGGGUUAUGCCUACGUGCACUUCGACAGCCUGGCCGCUGCCAAUAGGGCCAUAUGGCACAUGAAUGGAGUGCGGCUCAACAACCGUCAGGUGUAUGUUGGCAGAUUCAAAUUCCCAGAAGAGCGGGCAGCUGAGGUUAGAACAAGGGAUAGAGCAACUUUCACCAAUGUUUUUGUUAAAAACUUUGGAGAUGACAUGGAUGACGAAAAACUGAAGAAACUUUUCAGUGAAUAUGGGCCAACUGAGAGUGUUAAGGUAAUUAGAGAUGCCAGUGGGAAAUCUAAGGGCUUUGGAUUUGUGAGAUAUGAGACACACGAGGCUGCCCAAAAGGCUGUGCUAGACCUGCAUGGAAAGACUAUCGGUGGCAAGGUCCUAUACGUAGGGCGAGCACAGAAGAAAAUUGAACGCCUGGCUGAGUUGAGGCGGAGAUUUGAACGGCUGAGAUUAAAAGAAAAGAGUCGGCCUCCAGGGGUACCUAUCUAUAUUAAGAACCUGGAUGAGACCAUUGAUGAUGAAAAACUAAAGGAGGAAUUUGCUUCCUUUGGAUCAAUUAGCAGGGCCAAAGUGAUGAUGGAAGUGGGGCAAAGCAAAGGGUUCGGUGUUGUCUGCUUCUCCUCUUUUGAAGAGGCUGCCAAAGCAGUGGAUGAGAUGAAUGGUCACAUUGUAGGCUCCAAGCCCCUGCAUGUCACCCUGGGCCAGACCAGGCGCAGGUGGUGAGAAUAAGAAUACUCAAUUUGUUUCAGUCUUAGCUGAUGCCUACUUAGUUUGGGCUCCUUUGUAAUAAGGGGUUAUUUUAUGCCAAUUCACAGGUUUUUUUUUAAGUGAAUACGUUCUUUUGGAAAAAAAAACUAGAAAACCUUGUUCAUUUUAGUAAAGAACAUAAUUUCUAAUUGUAAAAUUGUCAUUUUGUACUAUUUUUUGAUAUAAUAUCCUUAGGAAUAUGUAGAAUAAAGUUUAUUCCUCCACAUUAUUUUUCCUGAACAGUCAAGAUGAGGCAACCCAUUAAGUAUAUCUCCCUCUUUAUUUCAAUAAUACCAAAUUUAAUUUCUUUCAUGAAAAUAUUCUUAACAUGGUUCUUCUGAAUCUAUCACAGUGAAAACUUGUAACUUGCUUUUUGAGACAUGAAUAAAGCAGGAGAAAAUGUAUGUGAUCCAAUUAACAUUGGUGCAUAAUUUUACUUUAAAUCAUUUUAAAUGAAUGUUCAUUUUAAAAAGAUGUCAGGUUUCUUUUCUUCCCUUUUAUUUAUUAUAUUUUUGUUUCUUUUUUUAAAUAUAUUGCGAUCGUACCACAGACUUGAUUGUGGCUUUGACUAAAUGUUGGGAGUUUUCCUUAUUAACUUCAUUCCCAGAGAAGUAAGCAUACUGGUGUUUUAUCAAUCAGUACCUUAGAAAAUUAAUACUUUAGGCAGUGGCUAUUUGAAUUAUGAGUUACAUCUUAAAAACUUUUCCUGAAAGAUUUGAUAUUAGGUACCACUUUAAGUACCACUCCUACAACUCAUUUGUAUAAAUUCUUUAGUACUUAUGCUUGGCUUACAUUAAGGGCAUUUACCUAUGGAUAAUUUAAUAUUUUACCUCCAGUCUUUAUCUACUAUCGAUAUAAAGGGUAAAUAGUCCAUAGAAUGAUGUUGAAAAACUACUUUGAAGAACAUCUUCUAUUAAACUUGUUGAUAUCUAUAGUAAAUACUUCAAAGUAUACAUGUGAUAACAUUCACAGAAUUUUUAGAAUUAAGGAACAGGCAGUCUCUUUAUUAAGUUAUUUGCCUCCAUCCAUUAUGUGAGAACUGUUAACCCAAUAUGAUUCAUUUUCUGUAUUAGCAUCUUGCAAAUUCAGAAAAAAAUGUUCUGUUUGAUAUGGGAGUUAUAUUAAUUAGCCUGUAAUUUCUAGAUUGCAGAUUCUCCAUAUUUCACCUGAUGUUCCCUGUUCUUACUGUCUGCCUUCCACCCAUAUUACACCUAUUUUUGUACUUUUUUAUUGCCUUUCUUUUAAUAUAUACCAGUUCAAGUUCAUUUUGGAAGUAGAGUAAAUACCCAAUUUAUGUAAAAUUUAAAUAAUUACUUAUUUCAAAAUAUGAUUCACUCAUACCAUAGAUUGAACCAUAAGAAAAUUUUUGUCUCUAUUGUCAGUUGGUUUUUAUUACCUUAUAUACAAAUCUUCAUUUUCAUAAAUAAUAUAAUACAAAUACAUAAUUUUGUUAACAUUUUUGUUAGCUCUAUGACCAUAAAAUAAUUAGAAUAAGAUGUUUCUAUGUAAUUGUUUAUCUACAAAUUGCAUGUAUGUUCAUAACCAAAUAAUGUUUGGGAAAUUGGAUCACAUACAUUUUCCCCUGCUUUACUGAUGUCUCAAAUGAUUUCCAUUUGCUUUUAUUGAUUAUAAACAUAAUACAUGCUCAAUGUAAAAAAAUGUACACAAUGCAAAAUAAGGAAGUAAAAUUCCCACAGUUCAGAGAUAACCACUAUUAAUAUAUUCAGUGAGUGCAUAUCCUUCCAUACCUUUUUUCUUAUGUAUACAUUAACAUUUUUUAAAUAAACAAGCUAUAUGUACUGUUUUGUAAUUCUUAAUUUUAGAAUGAACCAUAAUAAUCUUUUCGUGCCAAUAAAUAUCAAUCUAUUUCAUCAUUUUAGUGACUACAUAGUAUUCCAUUGUGUGGAUGUACUAUAACUUAUCUAAGCAGUUUGUUAUUGAAUCCAAUUUUUAUGCUUUCAAUAUUUUUACCUGUGUAAACCAUGCUGAGAUGAACAUGCCUUGCUUAAAAAUACUAUGAAUUAUAUAAGUUUGAGAAAAAAUAUCUAUAGCCUGUAAAAGCUUAAAUCUUCUAGGAAAAGAAAAGUGCACAACAUAUUGAUAUAUGUAUCUAAAUUUUGGAACAUCUUCAAGAUAUAUUCUGCAUUUAAAUUGACAUAGAAGUAAAACAGAAUUAAUUUUUCAUAUUUUAUGA